AAUUCCCGGAAUCAUCGAGCACGAGUCCUCACUCUCUCUCCAGGGAGGAGGUGAGGUGGGCAGGCAGGCAAGCAAGCAGGGCAGGGAGGCCAAGAGCUCGCGACUCCCGAGGCGAUCGAGGGAGCGCCGCACUCCUGCUCCCCUCCCGUAAUUCGUCCUCGGGAUAUGAAUGACGGAACUUUUGUUUCUAACAGCAGCUAGAGGAUAAGUUUGGAGUAAGAUCUUUAUUCAGGAUACAAUGGGUGGUUGCUGCUGCUGCUCAUCAAGAACAUCUGAAUCCGACAGAGCACCGGUUCAUGUCUACCAUCGACAAAAUCCUGAGGAGCAUGAACCCUUGUCUUCAGCCUUUGAUGGAGCAUCUCCAACUUCUGCUAUAGUCGCAGUUGAUACAAAUCUUGACACAUCCACUCUUGACACUUACAGAGCACCACCUGCACCUUUGCCUUAUGAUGUUGGCUUGACUGUUGCAGAAAAUCCUGAUUUGGAGAAGUCAGACAUUAAAACCAAAACUGAAGGGCAGCAAUCCCCAAAGGUGGGUGAAUUUGAGUCAUGCGAAAAAGGUACCCCUGAGGAUAAGCCAGAUGAGGAGGAUGUUUGCCCAAUCUGUCUUGAAGAAUAUGAUGAAGAAAAUCCCCGUUCUAUGACCAAAUGUGAGCACCAUUUUCAUCUUUGUUGCAUACUUGAAUGGAUGGAGAGAAGCAAUACGUGCCCAGUGUGCGACCAGAUAACUCUGAUAGAUGAGAUGUAUGAAUAGCAUAGUUGACUGAGGUGGAUCUGGUGGCCGUGCCUGUUGAGUUGGAUUUACGCUAGGAUUCUUUUGGCGAGCAAGUACUCUGCUCUUGAGAUGGGUGGAGAUGCUGAUAGGAUGAAUGAUUCUGGGGAAAUAAUUUAUAGAAGAAAAUGACAUGAAACGUGUUAAAGGCAUCUCUGUUGCGUUUACCUGUUGUGUGGAUCCGUGCUGUUUGUGGCAGCAGGAGGGUUGCCGAGGUGCCUGAUGGAGAUACAUCUAUCCACCAGUGCUGGUUCUUUAGUGAGUUGGAACUUAUUGUACUGAAAUUUGCUCCCUGGUUUUCUCUUUGGUUCUUCUGAAUUGUGUAUUUGUGCGUGUGUGUUGGAUCCUUCUUUUAUUCUGUUUUAGGUGGCCGUGCAGAUCAUGACACAUUGGAAUUGGAUAGGCGGUAGAGGAUGCUGGUUCUAUUUUAAGGUUCCUUUGUACAGUAGUCUAAAUCGGUGAUAGGGAAAAACUACUGGUUCCAGUACAUGGUUCAUUUGAGCUACCCAAGCUCCUUAUAUCCAUUUUGAUCAGUGUGGGAAA